AUGGUAGACCCCCAAAUCCAUCGCGACGAAGUUUUAGGCCGUCAGGUAAAUGGCCUACCGGGGAGGAAAGUGGCCAAAAGUGUCUUCCAGUUCGCGACGCCUCUGGAUCUGGUCAUUAUUGCCAUCAGCGGCCUCUCCGCUGUGGUCGCCGGAGGCCUCAACCCUUUCCUUACUGUGCUAUACGGUCAACUCGUUGGCUCGUUCAAUGGUUUCCAGGAUGGCACCAUUUCCGUAUAUGAUCGUUUUGGUUAA